UCGGCUUGCGGCGGCGCCAGCUGACGGCCUCAGUGGUGAGGGCUGGUGUGGUGGUCAGGAUGGCUGAGGAGCAGGAGUUUACCCAGCUGUGCAAGGCGCCGGUGCAGCCCUCACAUCCGCACUGUGUCAACAACACCUACCGGAGCACGCAGCACUCCCAGGCCUUGCUCCGGGGACUGCUGGCUCUCCGGGACAGCGGCAUCCUUUUUGACGUCGUGCUGGUGGUGGAGGGGAGACACAUUGAGGCCCACCGCAUCCUGCUAGCUGCGUCCUGUGAUUACUUCAGAGGAAUGUUUGCUGGGGGAUUGAAGGAGAUGGAGCAGGAGGAAGUCCUGAUCCACGGUGUAUCCUACAAUGCCAUGUGCCAAAUCCUGCAUUUCAUAUACACCUCUGAACUAGAGCUCAGCUUGAGCAAUGUCCAGGAGACACUGGUAGCUGCCUGCCAGCUUCAGAUCCCAGAAAUCAUCCAUUUCUGCUGUGACUUCCUCAUGUCCUGGGUGGAUGAGGAGAACAUCCUUGACGUCUACCGGCUGGCAGAGCUGUUUGACCUGAGCCGCCUGACUGAGCAGCUAGACACCUACAUCCUCAAAAACUUUGUGGCCUUCUCUAGGACUGACAAGUACCGCCAACUUCCCUUGGAGAAGGUCUACUCCCUUCUCAGCAGCAACCGCCUGGAGGUCUCCUGUGAGACUGAGGUGUAUGAGGGUGCACUGCUCUACCAUUACACCCUGGAGCAGGUACAGGCUGACCAGAUCUCGCUGCAUGAGCCACCCAAGCUCCUUGAGACAGUGCGAUUUCCCCUCAUGGAAGUUGAGGUCCUCCAGCAGCUGCAUGACAAGCUAGAGCCCAGCCCACUGAGGGACACAGUGGCCAGUGCUCUCAUGUAUCACCGGAAUGAGAGCCUGCAGCCUAGUCUGCAGGGCCCACAGACAGAGCUGCGGUCAGACUUCCAGUGCGUCGUGGGCUUUGGGGGCAUUCACUCCACACCAUCCACUGUCCUCAGUGACCAGGCCAAGUACCUGAACCCCCUGCUGGGAGAAUGGAAACACUUCACUGCUUCCCUGGCCCCCCGAAUGUCCAACCAGGGCAUUGCAGUACUCAACAACUUUGUGUACCUAAUCGGAGGGGACAACAACGUCCAGGGCUUUCGUGCUGAGUCCCGAUGCUGGAGGUAUGACCCACGGCACAACCGCUGGUUCCAGAUCCAGUCCCUGCAGCAGGAACACGCCGACCUCUGUGUGUGUGUCGUGGGCGGAUACAUCUAUGCAGUGGCAGGCCGGGACUACCACAAUGACCUGAAUGCUGUGGAGCGCUAUGACCCUGCCACCAACUCCUGGGCCUAUGUGGCUCCACUCAAGAGGGAGGUGUACGCCCAUGCAGGCGCCACGCUGGAUGGGAAGAUGUACAUUACCUGCGGCCGUCGCGGGGAGGACUACUUAAAAGAGACACACUGCUAUGACCCAGACAGCAAUACCUGGCACACUCUGGCUGAAGGUCCUGUGCGGCGGGCCUGGCACGGCAUGGCCACCCUCCUGGCGAAGCUGUACGUGAUUGGGGGCAGCAACAAUGAUGCUGGCUACAGGAGGGAUGUGCACCAGGUGGCCUGCUACAGCUGCACAUCUGGGCAGUGGUCAUCAGUCUGCCCGCUCCCAGCGGGGCAUGGUGAACCUGGCAUUGCUGUGCUGGACAACAGGAUCUACGUGCUGGGUGGUCGCUCGCACAACCGUGGCAGCCGCACUGGCUAUGUGCACAUCUACGACGUGGGGAAGGACUGCUGGGAGGAGGGACCUCAGCUGGACAAUUCCAUUUCGGGCCUAGCAGCCUGUGUGCUAACCCUGCCCCGCUCUCUACUCCUCGAACAGCCUAGAGGGACCCCCCAUCGCAGCCAGGCUGACCCAGAUUUUGCCUCUGAGGUGAUGAGUGUGUCUGACUGGGAGGAGUUUGACAACUCCAGCGAGGACUAGGGUCCUAGGGGCCAGUGGUAGAGGGGAAAGAUGGUAGAAGCUACGAGGGCAGUGGGAACCCAGGGUGGCCUAGACCCAGAGUACUUUUUCCUGGGGUAUAGACAGUCCUUCCUGCUGUCACUGCUGGUUUGAGGCUUCUGCCACCCUUUCUUCACAGCAGCCCCUCCACUGGCCAGCUGCAGGUAUUCACAGGGCUGCACCCCUGCAGCUGUGGAUUCCCCUAUAGUGGGAAAUGUUCAAAAGGGCUGUGGCCCUCUGACUUGAGUUUACCAGACCCACUCCUCAACCCGGAUGGGCACACCACACCAGCUGUCUCAACCUUUCUGCUCCCUGGCUGGUCCUUGAAAGAUACCUGCUCCAGUGGAACCGGGGGACUGGCAUCUGGUGGGAGGCCAAGGCACACUGUGGGCAGGGAAGGUGGCGGGAUGAGCUGUCAUCCUGCCCCACAGCAGGGGCUUGAGUGAUUGCUUGCUGCCAGGGGCCAGGGAGGAUACAGAGACACAUAAAGUUGCCUGAGACUGGUUCUAGUGAUAAGUAUCCCCUUACACCUGGGCUUUUCUAAUCCUAUCUUGUUGAUAAAUGAA